GCAGGGAAGGCAGCGCACAAAGCCUCCUGUGUUUGAGGCUGAGCCGCUGUGAGGCUGAGCGGAGUUUACUCACAUGGGUUGAGACCCAGUUCCUGGGAAAAGAGAUGCUGGGCAGGAAGGCGUCUGCAUGUGGGACUCUCCCGGUCCUCUCCCACGUCUGGGAGGGGCCAGAGUCAGACAACUGCUGGGCUGGUCCCCGAGACAGGUCCUCUGACUGGCUGUUCAGCCUAGGCUGCACACGCCCCCCUUUCCUCUACCAGGCCACACCGGAGCUGGUCCUCACACAGGCGAGCCACCAGGCCGUGACGAGGACACCCACCUCGCCCCUCGCACCUCUGGGCAUCCACGUACUUGCAAGAACUCUUGUUCACAUCAGCACAGAGACUGCACCUGCUGACCUCGAGGUUCCGGCCCCCGGCUCCGAGGGUGAGACGCAGCCGAGCAGGACAGCCAGUAGCACCAUGUCUGUGAGUGGCAGUAAGAUGGCACCAUCCCUCACCCAGGAGAUCCUCAGCCACCUGGGCCUGGCCAGCAAGACUGCAGCGUGGGGGACCCUGGGCACCCUCAGGACCUUCCUGAGCUUCAGCGUGGACAAGGAUGUGCAGAGGCUGCUGAGGGCCAUUACCGGCCAAGGUGUGAACCACUGUGCCAUUGUAGAGGUGCUGACUAACCGGAGCAGAGAGCAAAGGCAGCUCAUCUCUCGAGCUUUCCAGGAGCGCACCCAACAGGACCUGCUGAAGUCCCUACGGGCAGCGCUUUCCGGCAAGCUGGAGAGGAUCGUGGUGGCUCUGCUGCAGCCCGCAGCCCAGUUCGAUGCCCAGGAAUUGAGGACAGUGCUGAAGGCCUCAAAUUCUGCUGUGGAUGUGGCCAUUGAAAUUCUUGCCACCCGAACCCCACCCCAGCUGCAGGAGUGCCUGGCAGUCUACAAACACGAUUUCCAGGUGGAGGCCGUGGAUGACAUCACAUCUGAGAGCAGUGGCAUCUUGCGGGACCUGCUCCUGGCCCUGGCCAAGGGGGGUCGUGACUGCUACUCUGGAAUCAUUGACUAUAAUCUGGCAGAACAAGACGUCCAGGCACUGCAGCAGGCAGAAGGACCCAGCACAGAGAAGACAUGGGUUCUGCUCUUUACCCAGCGAAAUCCUGAACACCUCAUCCGAGUGUUUGAUCAGUACCAGCGGAGCACUGGGCAAGAGUUGGAGGAGGCUGUCCAGAACCGUUUCCAUGGAGAUGCCCAGGCGGCUCUGCUAGGCCUAGCUUCGGUGAUCAAGAACACACCGCUGUACUUUGCUGACAAACUUCACCAAGCCCUCCAGGAAACUGAGCCCAAUUACCAAGUCCUGAUUCGCAUCCUUACCUCUCGAUGUGAGACCGACCUUCUAAGUAUCAGAGCUGAGUUCAAGAAGAAAUUUGGGAAGUCCCUUUACUCUUCUCUCCAGGUGAAACUUGGCUACUUCUUAGCCUGGAGCCCCACCGCCUUCACUCCCCACCUCCACCCUCUCUCCCUGCACACAGCUGAGCAUAUUUUGGCCGGGAGAAACCCAGGAGUCUUUGGUUAACGUAGUGCAGGACUCUGAGCUCCAGGGAGGACCCUUCCCUUCCAGAUGAACUGUGAUGGACCAGCCCAAAGGAGGGGAGAGAGUACUUGGGCCAUAGUGGUGGUGAAUCUUUCUAACACUGAAUUCCCUUGUCUGCAGGAUGCAGUGAAAGGGGAUUGCCAGUCAGCCCUCCUGGCCUUGUGCAGGGCUGAAGACAUGUGAGACUUCUCUGCCCCACCCCACAUGACGUGCGAGGAUCUGAGAGUUCCGUGUUUGGCUGAACCUGCAGGAGACCUGCUGGGCCUCCAAGUAGGAUAACCCCUCACUGAGCACCACAUGCUCCAGCUUCUUGUUGAGGCUGGAACGGUUUCUUUAAAAUCCCUUAAUUUUCCUCAUCUCAAAAUUAUAUCUGUACCUGGGUCAUCCAGCUCCUUCUCGAGCGUGGGGAAAUGAGUUCUGAUCGUUUCUGUCUCAAUCAUCCCUCCUGCACCCUGGCCAGAACAUCUCGCUGAUACUUGAGUUCUUUUGGCAAACUUCACUGUUGUUUGGGUUCUCUGAUUGAAGUUUGGGUGGAGCAGGACAUGGAGCAGGAAGAGGCCUUGGAGUUGAGGUGCCUUUGAUGUGAGCUUGGCUAUUCAGCAGGAAUCCUGUUUUGCCCUAGUGCUGCAGGAAUCAACGCCCACCCUCUCUCCAUGUCUCCCCUCACCCUCAUUCUCCAGGAAACUUCAGGCAAAACAAUUGAGAAACAGGCACCAGAACAAGAUGAGAAAUGGUCAGAGGGAGCAGCCAACCAUCUGUAUGAACUGGGAAGCAAGCGGAGGGUCAAGCUACCCUCGCCAGCCCGGGAACUCUUGGGUUAGCAGAAAGCACAACCCUCAAAUUCACGUGUCCAAGCAGAGAGUUGGAAAUGCACCUCCCACGAGAGCACUAUUUCCCAUA